CAUGUCCAACCAGCAGUGUUUCCGGUUCACGACCUUGAACGAACAGGUGCUUGUUGCCACGAGAGCUUGAUCCUCAUCUUCGCUUCUCCAUUUAUCCGUUAAGAUGCCAGCUGUCCCAUCACCCGCCCCUUCUCAAGGAAAGCCACAAGGAAUAAAUGCCAUUCUGCUUGGACCCCCAGGUUCUGGAAAAGGAACACAGGCCCCUAUGCUUGCUGAGAAGUAUUGUGCCUGCCAUCUGUCUACGGGAGACAUGUUAAGAGCAGUCAUAAGCUCUGGUAGUAAACUGGGUCAGCGUGUGAAGGGCGUAAUCGAUGCUGGUCAGCUGGUCAGUGAUGACCUGGUGGUGGAACUAAUUGACAAUAACCUGAAUAAGCCAGAAUGUCAAAAUGGAUUCCUUCUUGAUGGCUUUCCAAGGACAGUUGGACAGGCCAAAGCUUUGGAUGACCUGCUGCUGAAACGCAAGACAAAGCUGGAUUCUGUUAUCGAAUUCUGCAUUGAUGACUCCCUGCUUGUUAGAAGAAUUACUGGACGACUCAUCCACAAGUCCAGCGGGCGAAGCUACCAUGUAGAGUUUCACCCCCCUAAAGUCCCCAUGACGGAUGAUAUAACUGGAGAACCCCUGAUUCACAGAUCUGAUGACAAUGAAGAGGCAUUAUGCAAGAGACUGGAAGCUUAUCACAGGCAGACUAAACCACUGGUAGACUUCUACAGACAAAGAGGCAUCCACACUGCUGUCAAUGCUGCUCAGCCGGCUCAUAUAGUCUUUGCUUUGAUAACGGCAACCUUCUCAGCAGCAAGGUCUAAAGACAAAGUCUUGUUUUUAUAGUCUUUGUCCAACAUUUAGAAACUAUUCAAUUUUUUCUUCUGCUACAGUGAGAUAUAUUUUCUUUGAUUAUAUUUUCCUAAACAUCUUUUAAUGAUGUAAAUGAAGGUUUAUUGAAGCAUGUACAUAGAGAACACCUGCAUUUAGUUGUAAGCAAGGGAUUUCUGUGUGCAUGGUUUGCGAUUUGUGUGUAGUUCUUUGGAAAAUCAUUGAUUGGGGGUCAGAAUAAUGGAAGUUAUCUUGAACUAUAUAGCUAUCUGGUAUCUGUAACCUUGAAACUUUCACCUUACAUUCAUAUUAGUAGGUGUCCAUAUGUCCAAAUAUAACUAAGAGUAUAUCCCACAUUGUGUGUAUCUAGCCUUUGUAACCUUUGGACUUUCACCUUAUCUUUACAUACUUAGGUACCUUUGUGAAGUGUCACAUACUGUCAUACUGGUACAAAGUGAUAAUGCAUGUCUGUGAAGAUUUUCGUUUGUACUAUUUGAAGACACUGAUGCACUAUGUGCUGCUGAGUUGGAUAGGGGAUUGCCUAUCGGUAUUCAUACAUUUCGGAUAAACAUGUUUUAAAUUUUUUUUCAUUGACUGUUAUAUCCAGUGCCAGACUAAUUCAUUUCCUGUUACUGACAGAUUUCUACUUUUGCAAAUUCAAGGUAUAUUUGAGAUUAAUUUACUCAUAUCAAUUAAAGUUUAAAAAAUGAGAGCUGUGUGAAAGCUCAUUUACAGUCAUGUAAAGGCAUUUGUACACUGGUAAAUCAACUUAUCUGGGCCCCAUUUAACAAAGUCAUCAUAGCGCUAAGGUGAUCGUAAUUCCCAUACUUAAACAUGGAUUUUUACGACAGUCGUAGCGCUAUGAUCGGUUUGUGAAGAGGGCCCCUGGUAGGAUAUAUAUACAUGUCAUUAUGGGUGAUUGGGUCCCAGAGAACAUGGCUGAAAUUAAAGAGUUUACCAAGGAAUUAAUAUCCCAGGAUUGUACAAUUAAAGGUAUUAGCAAACCAUGAAUACCUACUCUGUGGAAUUACACAUUCACAUUGUUAUGUAGUAAUAACAUUGGAUUUGUAUAAAUUAGCAUCCCUUCAAAUUUCAUGCAUUAUUAUAUAUUUAAACCAGAUGACAGAGAGCUGUGCUCUGUUGGGAAGAUAGUGCUAAACAAGAUGAUUGUGUAAUUGUCCAUCAAAUACUAGAAAACACAUUUUUAUUCAGUUGUAUGUUUGUUCAAGCCAACAUGAAUGCAUUUAUGAUUCUAUGUUGAUCUUUACCAUGUUAUAAUACCUGUUUAUUAAUUAUGAUUAAAGUGCAAUUUAAGAAUGUUAUGUUUUAGGCAUUACGCACAUUAUACCAGCUCUUAAUAAAUAUUGUAGGUGUAAACUGGAACCUGUCUAAACAGGACUCUGAUUAAUCCGGACAUUUGUAUGCAAGAAUGCUGCUGAUAGAAUAUUGCUCAUUCAUGUACAUAAUUCUUCACAUGGAUGCAUAUGAAGUAAUAGACAUUCAUGCAUACAGAAUAAUAUAGGGUAUGCAUGCAUAUGAGGUAUUUAAGAUGCAUGCUUGAUUUGUCCAGUGGGGUAGCCUAGUGGUUAAAGCGUUGGCUUGUCACUCGAAGACCCCGGUUCGAUUCCCCACAUGGGAACAAUGUGUGAAGCCCAUUUCUGGGGUUACCUGCCGUGAUAUUGCUGGAAUAUUGCUAAAAGCGGCAUUAAACCAUACUCACUCGAUUGUUCCAGUAAGCUGUUCAUUCGUGGUCAUAAUGACUUGAGUACAGAACAUGUAUGAUGAUGUUAUGCUGUACAGCCAAUCUCUACUCGGAUAUCAUCAUUUCGAGCCUGUUCAGAGUCCUUUCUAUAGAGAGCCCGAAGUCAUCUCAGUCACACAACUUAGUCACAAGACACUGUAGCAGAAGUCAGCCUGUCUCUUCACCUUGCCCUCAUGCCUUAUGUACACUACUCAACAUUGCUCAGGACCAAGAGUCUAUGGCUGUGGUCCUAGGCAAAUUGGUGUAGUUACUAGUAUGAUACAUGUCAUCAUUUAUGUGCAUGUGUGAUAAAGGUUCACAUACUUAGUUUGUAAGAAAAAUAUCUUGUAGAUGUAGAAAUUGGUUGUGUCAAUAAUCAUCUGGUUGCUUUCAUCAGAUGAUCUUUGAUUCUAAAGGCAUUAUUAUCCUCAUUGUUUAAUAACAGCUACAAGUUGGAUUUUACUGAAUGGAAUAUGUGUUUUUAAGCAGCUAUAUUAGAUCUACAUCUCUUACAAUUUAUGUUAGUGAUUUCAACAUGAAAUACCUCUUGUAUUUAUGAUUUGGAAAUGUCUCAGCGAUCAUGAUGAUUGGAAAUACAAAAUAACCACAAUUUUGUGUAGUGAGUUAAUCAUGGGAGAUGUCUACAAGACAGUGGUUGUAUCUGUCCAAAGACAAGUGGUGAUCUUGGUCCAUAUUGUACAGGGUACCGGUACAUCAAAUUACACCAGAACUAGAUUCAUAGUCAGGAUUAAACAUGUGGAGGUUUA